AUCUUUUUUGAAUCAUCCAAAAAUCCAUCAAACGCAUCAUGUCCGCCUUGGAUCAAAUCAAGCAGCAGAAUGCAGCGCUCCAAUCGAGCGUGGGAAACAUUUCCAAAGUUGCUGGACCGACUGCGAAGAAGUCCACGACAGCGACACCAGUGAAGCCAGCAACCAAAGCUGCCCCUGUUAAGAAGGCAUCAGCGGUGACUACAGACACAACGAGCCCAGCUGCUACGCCUGUGAAGAGGGUUCCCAGAAAGCUCAAUGCAGCUGGCACGCCUACGUCUAAUGUGACAAAGACAACGACUACACCUGCGGCUGCAAAGAAACUUGACAGCACUCCAGCGGUGAAAAAGACACCAGUGACAGCAGGUAAAACGAGCGUCAGCGAGGUGUCAAAGCCCGCUCGCACACGCACACCUCUUGGUACUAUCAAGCCCCUGCCAGUCAGGAACAAGUCAGCUGCAGACACACCAGUCACCAAGUCCGCAAGCACCGUCAAAAAAACGACAACAAGCACACCCGUCAAAAGCACUUCUACUCCCGUAAAAGCCACGCCCGUAAAGGCACCUACUACCGCAGGAAAAAACACCUCGACAGUCAAAAAGACACCCAUCAAGGUGAACCCGGAUGGUACCUACCCAACCCCCCUCUCCAUAAUUCAAGCUUAUCCGCCCCCAGGCCAACAGCCCCCGAAACGCGCCCCAGGUGCCGUCGGCAAAACCAUCAACACCGCCACCGGCACGCUCAAUAAAACCGUCGGCACAACAACCGGCACGCUAAACACCAUCACCGAUUCCGCGACUGCAGGCGUCAACAGGACGGUCGAUGGCGUCACGGGGGUUGCGGGCAAGGGGCUGGAUAAGCUACCAGCGGGCGUUGGGAAGCCUGUUAAGCAUGUGACGGAUGGGGUUGGCAAGACGGCGACGGGCGCGGUGGAUAAUGCGUAUUAUACGGUUGGUAGUGCGACAAAGGGGGUUCAGGGGACGGUGAGUAAGACGACAGGAGCGUUGGGGAGAGGGGAUGUUAAGGGGACUGUUGCGGGGGCUACGAGUGGUGUUGGCAAUACCGUCACGGGCGUGGGCAAAGGACUCGGGAAUACCGUUGGCGAUGGGCUUGCGGGGCUGGGAAGCACAGUUGGAGGACCCGUCGGCGGCGUGGUGGGGAAUGUAGGUAAAGGCGCUAAUAAUGCUGUUAGUGGCAUCACGGGUGGGCUGGGUGAUGGCGUAAGCAAGCUUGGAAAGGGGGAUGUGAUUGGCGGUGUUGGGAGCACGCUUGGGGGUGUAGGGAGGGGUGUUGGCGGACUGCUAGGCGGUAUCACGGGGUAUGGGGAGGGACGGGAGGAACGGUGAAGGCGCAAGGUGGAGGCGUGGUUGUCUGGUGUUUGCACGAUGGUGACGGAAGCAGCCGAGGGGGAUGGGGAUGUGGAUGUGCAGUGGGUGGCUGGAAAUCAAGACUCCCAGCUCCGAGAUUACCUCCAUGAGCGAGUCGGCGCCGAAAGGGCAGGGUCACAAGACGCAGGGCAGACUAGAGAUUGAGGGUUAAGCGACACGGUAUGAUUUCUUUUAUUACGGGUUUGGGCUAUGUAUUGCUUCAUGCAGGAGGGGGUUUUUUGGGUUGAGUUAGUUUAGUUAGUUCAGUGGCUUUCAGUACAAGCGGCGGGUUAAUUUCUAUGGACCGUUGAAACAUUGCAGGGUCACGACCUGAAGUUUUGCAUGAUAGCAG